AUGCCAGUCGUUCUCGGAUCCAAGAUGCCAACUCUUGCUACCGUCCAAGGACACAUCAAGAUCGAUUUCGAGCCAAAGAGCGCUGACCGUUUCAACGGACUUCGUCUCCG